AUGGCCGUGAUUCCCAGCAGUAUCAUCAUCACCGCCGCAACAGGCUCCGUUGGAUGCCGCCUAAUCCCCCUUAUCCUCUCGUUGUCCCAUUCCCAUCCCAUCAAGCUCGUUCUACCCACAAGGAACCCCGACCACGUGGCCGAGCUGAUUGCUUCUACUACCAGCUCUACAAAGCCUAGCCCUUACAUAACAACAGUUGUCGAGCAGGGCGACAUAGCCGACCCAGUAUGGCUUGGCGAACUCAUAGCCUUGCACAAGGUGGACACCGUGUUCCUCAACGUCUCUGGGGCGAACGAGCUCACCGUCGGCCUGAACACCUUUGAUCUUUGCUCCCUUCCGGGAUCGAGCGUGCGCCACGUUGUGUAUCUAUCCAUGGCCGGGGACUUUACCGCCCGCAGCGUCGUAAAGGACGGGGCAAUCCGACGGGUUCGUGCGGCGCAUGUGGCUGUCAAGUUUGCCUUGGAGCAGUUCCUUCUAUACGAUGGUCACUCAACCGACGAGGGAAUGGAACUACCUUUCACCUGGACCAUCCUCGGUCCCGUCAUGUCCAACGACAACGACCUCCGUGGAAAGCAGAUGAUGCUGCGGCACGGCGUGUUCCCAUCUCCGCUGCCGAGCGGCUCGAGACCCGGGCUGCCCAAGGUCGACGUCGCGGACAUUGCACUGGGGGCGUGGCGGGCCAUUGAGGACCAAGGCCGACGCUUUUACAAGCGGAAGGUCACGAUCGGGACGAGAGAGGGAUACAGAGCAGAGGAGACGGAGAGACUUUGGAGCGCAGCUCUGGGCCGGCCGAUCAAGUCGCGAGUCGCCACCUGCAAGGAGGACCUCGACGAUUAUGAGUUUGAGCUUGUCGAUCAUGGAAAGUUGACGCCUGGUUUUGCUCGUGACUUGAGACUCAUGAUGGAGUCGAUGGGUACUAGGUUCUGCAUGCGAGGGCUGACGGACCAAGAGUAUCAGCUGCAGCUUGACUUGCUGGGGAGAGAACCUCGGAGCUACGAGGCAUUCGUCACUGAGACUGCAAAGAAGUGGUUGCAGGAGGAGAGUCACGUAGGUUAA